UUCGCUGCAGCGCAGCGCGGUGCCGAAGCGGCUCCUGGACGCCAUGGUGCAGGCCGAAUCAAGGAAAUGCAGGGUCGAGGGCGUGGGAGUGGAAAAGCUGCAGCGCGACAACGACGGCGCAGUGAUGCAUCGGCGGCGUUGUGAUACGUCGGCGCGGAUGACGCAUGGACUGCGCAUCUCUUCAGCUCACCCGCGGCGCUCACCCGCGGCGGUCUUGGACAUUCAGCGAUACAGUCGUCCAGCACACCACCUCCGCCGCAGACACGCAUCCGAGCCCCUCUUCGCCGCCCGACCGCCCACAUGGCCGAUGUGCUGCCCCUGUCGCGCGAUGCCCCGAAUCCGCUGCGCCCGUACUACGUGCCGCCGUCGAUAGGCCUGGCGCCCGACCUCGCGCCGCAGGCCCGCGGUGCCGCGAGCAGCAGCGCGCCGCUGCUUGCUGGCAGUGCGCGCAGCUCGUCGCCGCCCAACAUGUCGCUCGGCAGCCAGGCGCGCGACAUGCUGUCGGACCUCGACUACGACAGCUACUUCCCCGGCGCCGCGCCGACCGUCGCGUCGCACGCCAAGAAGCUGCUCGACCAGGCGCUGUGGAACUACACGAGCGUCUUGCUGGCCCAGCCCUUUGACGUCGCGAAGACGCUGCUGCAGGUGCACGAGGCGCGCGGGGGCGACGGCCCGCGCGCGGCCAGCUUUGCCAGCGCGCGACUCGGCGGCCACCCGUCGGACGAGUACGAGUCGGACGAGUCGGACGAGUCGGACGAGUCGGACGACGACGCGCUGGACUACUUCACCUCGGCUGCGCCCGCGUCACACUCGCCGUCGAGAUCGCGCUCGCCGCGCAAGCGACUCCAGAAGAAGACGCGCAGCCGCUCGCGCUCGGCGACGCCCACGCGCCCUCCGCCGCCGCCUGCGCGCAGACUGGACCUCAGGCGGCCCGACGCGCUGCUGGACGUGGUGGCACAGCUGUGGCAGAAGGAGUCGGCGUGGGGCGUGUGGAAGGGCACCAACUGCACAUUCAUCUACAACUUCCUGCUCAAGACGACCGAGAGCUGGUUCCGCAGCGCCCUGUCGGCGCUGCUCAACAUCCCCGACCCGGGCGCCGCGGGCGCCGCGGCCAUGACGUCCCGGCUCGAUAUACUCGAUAGCCCGUCGCCACUCAUGUCGCUCGCCGUCGCCGUCGCCGCCACAGCCAUGGCAGCCACAGUGCUCGCGCCGCUGGAUCUGAUCCGCACCCGGCUGAUCGUGACCCCCGUCGCCUCAGCGCCGCGCUCCAUCUACCCCUGCCUCGCGCUGCUGCCAUCGAUGACGGUGCCGUCUGCUCUCCUCCCAGCAACCGUGCUGCACGCCGCCAUCCCCACGCUAAUCUCCUCGUCAACCCCGCUCCUCCUCCGCUCGACGCUCGCAGUCGACCCCCUCCUCACACCCUCGACCUACAGCGUCGCCGCCCUGCUCUCGUCGACGGUGGAGCUGUUCGCGCGCCUCCCGCUCGAAACAAUACUCCGCCGCGGCCAGGUCGCGGUCCUGCACGACAACGAGAACCGCCGUCUGGCCGCCGAGUACCGCCAGCAGCCCGCGGGGGGUCAAGGGGACUAUUUCACCCCCGCGCCGCCGAUCCUGCGCAGGCCGCUCGAGGACACGAGUCUGCGCCGCUUCCACACCGUCGUGACACCCGGGCCGUUCCGCGGCGUGCUUGGCACGGCGUGGUACAUUGUGCGCGAGGAGGGGGGUGUCACGCCCGCUCCUCCUGCUGCUGCCUCGAGUAAAAAGGCCGGGUUUCAGAGACCCGUCAGGACGAGGCGCGGGCAGGGUGUGCAUGGCUUGUGGCGCGGCUGGAGGGUGGGGGUCUGGGGGCUUGUGGGGGUGUGGGGUGCUGCUGCCCUUGGUGGUGGUGGGGGGGGGGAGUUUUGAUCGUUGACCCUUUGCGUGGGGAGUGUAUGACGACUGUGUUUUGAUGAGUGUGUUUUGAUGACUAUUAGCGACAAUGGCGUUUUCACUUUUGGGUCUCGGUACGUAGAUGCAUGACGGUGUAGUUAUUCUUAUGGCCUUGUCGUGU